AUGGGCAAAGAUAAAUACGGCACAUUCUUUGAAGGAAAAGAAUUUAUAAAUGAAGAAAAGAGCGAGGAAGAAAUUAGGAAAUACAUGCUAGAAGAUAAUUUAGGAGAGUUGAAAAGAGUUAAGAAAAUUUUGAAAUCAGGUGAUGACAUAUAAAAGUGUGCCCUAUAUAGCAAUUUGAAGAACUAUUUUUCUUGGAAGCAUGAAGAUUCAAUACCAAUUAUAGAAGCACUGAUUAGUGAUUUGUUUAAUCAAGCACCAGAAACACAAAUAGAGGCAGGCAAAUGUCUUAAGACAGUAAUAGCAGAAAGAGAUUUAGUUCAAUUAGUAGGAAAUUAGAAUGUUGAUAUCAUUUUCGACACAAUGAUGCAAAUGCUUAGAUCGAAACAAGUACCAAUCAUAGACGAGUGGAUUUAAGUCUUCGAAAAUUUUCUAAGCAACAUAAACUACUAAAAAUAUGAAAAGAAUAUAAAUGACGAAUUUGUUAAGCUUUCUGGAAUAACAUCACCUUCGAUCAAUAAAGCAACAUCCAUGAGAAUUUUAGGUAUUUUGAUGAAGGUAAAGAAAGGCAAUGUGAGAGACUAAAUGAUAGAAAUAGCAUAACUAUUUUCAUAAACUGCAGAAUCUGAAAUCAAAUAGAGAUUGUUGAAUUAUGUAAUUGAAUAUAUCUUUAUGUAUUUACCAAAAGAAGAGCUCGAAAAGUACUGGAACGAAAAGCUUCUUGAAUUUUUGCAAGAUCAAAAUGUUUAAAUCAAAUGUGAUACUAUUGAGAUUGUUUCAAGGAUUUUAGAUAAAUUGAGUGAGAAUUUCAAGUCUAACAAGAUUAAAAUUCUCUUCUUCGAUUUGAUUAACACAAAAUAAAACUAAGUCAAACUCACAUUUUCGCGUUACAUAGGUCCUUACAUUUUUAAUAUGAGAAAUAUACUCGAUUAGAAGCCUGCUAAUUAAACUGUUAUUUUUGCUACACUUUAAGAGUACUGUGAAAGCACUGAAAGCUAAAUUAGAGUUAACUUUUUAUAUAAUUUACCUGGACUGCUUUAGGUAUAUGGAAAAAAGAUUUGGUCAAAUGUUAGCAAAUAAUAUUACAAUAUGCUUCUGAGAGAUGAUGAUAUCAGUGUUAGAGUAUAAGCUAUAAAUAUUUAUUGCUAAAUUAUUGAAUUUGUUGGUAAAGCUGAAUUUAGAAAUUAAAUUAAGUUACACAUGAAAGCUAUUAUCAAUGAUGAAGCAAGCCAACCAAAAAAUUAAUUUGUAAAAAUAUUACCCUAAAUAUUUGAAUAUUACAAAGAAGAUGUUAAGACAAAUCGCUAGUUUUUCUCAGAAAUUUUGAAAGAAUUUUUAGAUAUUUUAGAGAAAGAAAUAUCUAGUCCUAAUUGGAGAUUCCUCCAACUAGUAAUAAAUUUCAUAGAACAAGACUUUAGUCUUUAUGAUUCCUUUGAAAUGAAUGACCUCUAUUUUCCUAUAAUAUUUUAAGCUAUGCUAAAAGGCAGCACCCAAAUAAGAAAAUCAUCUUUAUAAUCAAUUAUAAAUUACCUUGAAUUUAGUUCAAAUAAACAAGAUAGAGACGCAGUUAUUUCAUAUAUUUCCAACAACUUUUACCUAGCUCGUUCUUACUAAUAAAAAAUAUCUUAUGUUUAAUUUGUAGAAAAACUGCUAGAAAAGUUUGACUAAAGUUUAUUUAGAAACUACAAAUUUAUCAAUAUUUUAAAUUAUCACAUGGACAGAGUUCCUCAGCUAAGAAAAUAUUUAGCAAAAAUCUUAUUUCCUAUAUUCUAAGCGAUUACUUCUCCAACUGAUAAAGAUUAAUUUAAUAAAUUACUUGAAGCAUGUAAAAACCUGCUCACAGACAAAGACCAGCAAGUCUAGGAAUUAACUCAAAAAGCUUGUGAUGAUAUAACCUAAGAAGACCCUAAUUUUAUGGAAAAAGUAAAUAAUUAUGUGAUCCCAAUCACUAAUAUAAAUUAUGAAUCUAGUAAAUCAUCUAACUACAUUAGUGAUGAUUUAGAUGUGUUAGAAUAUACAAAUAUAAAGAAUAGAAAGUUUAGUGAGAAACCUAAUUCUAUAAACAACAAAGUUUCAUUAAUUGCUAGUUCUCAAAAUAGGAAGAAUUAUUAAAGUGGGUCAUCUUUAAGUGGAGUAACCUCCACAACAGUUAGGAAUAACUCAGGUUAGAGAUCAAUUUAAUCAACAACAAAUUAAAAAUAAAUAACAGCUUCUAAGUCAAAUAAUAGUUCUAUUACAAAUAUUCCUUUAAUGAGCAAUGGCACAGCCCCAAAGAAAACAAUACCAGUAACUUCCAGUUCUACCUCAAAUGGUAUUAAAAAAUUAACUGUUUCGAAUGGAUUGCCUUUGAAAAGUGAUAAACCAUCUAACGGUAGCAGCUCUGUUUCAACAAUAAAACCAACCAUAGGCAGCUAGUCUUAGUCUAAUGGCAUCUCUAAAUUAGGCAAUACUAAAGUCAAUUCUUAAAAUGUGCAAUCUUUCAGUAAUAUAGGAAAACCAACAGGUGUAAAGCCAAUAAAUUCUCUUUUAAAAAAAUGA